AUGUUAAUGAGGAACCUAAAGAUGCGGCAGUAUGGCUGGCGGAGCACCAACAAUGAAGAUACUUAUAAUUCAGGUGUUCUUGUCGGCAAUUACAACGAAGAGAGGUUUGAUCUGAAAGAAAUUAAAAAGAUGACGCCUCUACCUUCACAGCUAAGUCAUCAUUAUCUAACCACAUACGCUGAGGCUUACAACAAGUCUCAACUACAUCGAUAUCCAACAGAUUUGAAACUGAUUAAAGGUCGUUUACCCCAUGCUUACUCAUGCCAUCAGCCUGAGAUGGAUUCUGCAAUCCUGAAGGCAACCACCAAUAGCUGGCAGACUACCCAAAGAGCCUCAUUUCUGCAUCCUCGCUUGAGACUGCAGCCAAUCAAAGGAACACCUGAUAAAAUUGACUUCAGAUGUGUAUGA